CUCCCUCUCGCUCUCCUGCUGCGGACUUUGUCGUUGAGAAAAUGGCAGCGGUAGCUUACAGCCCUGACGCCUACAACUCACUUCCAAGUCUUCGGGCCGCAAGCGGUCAGUUGAAGGAGUUGGAUGGCGAAUCCGUCGUUUCUGGUCCGAUCCGGCAACUUUUCGUGAGCCACGGCGUCCAUAAGCGGUUCGGCGUCGUCUUGCUGCACAAGCACUUGGACAUCGGGCCAACCGAGCGUCUGGUUGAGUACGGGCACACCUCAAUCCCGUGGGAAGUCGGCGACACUACUAGCUACGUCAUCGACAAAUAUGAAGGCACAAUCUUCCCACGGUCGUUCCGGCUGAUGGAAGGAAACUUUGUCCCUUACGAAUUUGGGUACUUUCACGAAAGACCGCACCCGGUGUUUUUGGGGGAAAGGGAUAGCCAGUUCCUCAAGGAGUUCGGUAGUUUUCUGGCAGAACAUCAGCUUGAUGGGGUCCUUGGCCUCCGUGACUUGGACCAACGUGAUUCGAAGCUGAACGUCGAGGUGACUGAAGGCAAGGCCAAUAUCAUGAUGCCGCGAGGCAGUGUUCCGGAGAGCGAGCUCAUUCCGGCGGUUUGGAUCUUCGGACUUGACGACGACGAUAGGUGCCAUUGCCGUGAGUACUGCUAUAGAGACUCAAAGGGUAACCACACCGGCAGCGAUCAUGGCUGCGGUUAGGUCACUGGAUGGUGAUGUACCUAGACAACGCUGGGCGGUCUUUGGUCCGUUUCUACUUAGGAGCAGAUUGCGAUGAAACGCUUGUUACUUAGAGUUGUACGGAAUUUUAGAUAUUCCGAUUGUAGAC